AUGGACACUGAUAAACAAGAUGCUGGCAACGGUAUUGAGAAUUCCAUUUAUAGAACAGCCUUCAAGCUGCGCUCAGUGCAAACUCUGUGCCAAUUGGAUUUAAUCAACAGUUCUCUGAUCCAGCAAGUCCUGCUCGACCAAGGUCUCUGGGAGAUGAGAGCGACUUCCCUGUCUACACCACAGCUUUUCCAGGCCCUCCAAGACUUGUUUCAGAGAGUCGAGGUGAAAAGACCAGGACGGGUGUAUCCCAGGGCUUCAGAACUCACUCUAAGUCUUCUCACAGCAAUGUAUGACAGCACAGGAACGGGUUUUGUCAAGUUUAUCCCUGCCAUCGCUGCCCUGAUUGCCCUCUCAGGGGACAGCCCACUCACAAAAUACAGAGCUCUUUUUCAACUCUAUACAGAAAAUAACAAAGGAGGUAAGGACUCCGGCAACCGCAUGACUCGAAGGGCUUUGAGAAACCUACUAACAGAUCUACAACAGAUACCAACUGUCGUUGGGGAGAGUCGUGCUCUGUGCUCCGUGGAGAGUGCCACACGCAGCUGUUUCCGAGGGGUGCUGAGACGAGCAAUCAAAGAGGAAAAAUUUCUCUCUUGGUUGGAGUCUGAGCCUCUCAUCCUUUUGUGGCUACCCACCUGUUACCGACUCUCAGCUACUGAAAUGGUCAUUCAUCCCGUUCGAUGUAGAAUCUGCAGCAACUUUCCUGUCACAGGGGUGAGAUAUAGCUGUGUAAAGUGUCUCAACUUUGAUAUCUGCCAGUCUUGUUUCCUAUCUGGUCUUCAUGGCAAGUCCCACGAGAAGUCCUACCCUGCGAUUCAGCACUGUGCUCAGAUGUCAGCAAAGGAGAAUACAAAACUCCUUGUCAGUUCCCUCAGAAACAAACUGCUUCAAGGGCACGGGAUGGGGACAGAAGCUGCUAGAAGAAGGCAGUGGCUGCUAGACCAGAUGAAUCCAAAGGACACCGCUAACCAGGAACAUGAUCGAUGUUUUCAUACAUGGCUUGACUUCCCAUCAGAAGAGAAGAGUCCUGUGCUCAAAUGUCACGUCAUCCGGAAGGAUUUUCCUGACUAUCUGUUCUACAUUUCAGGAAGUUCUUCCAAGGGAGGAGGUAGAGAUAGAACAGAUACAGGACCCCCUCCAGGGGGCAACAUUUCACCUUCUCCGGCAGAGUUCUGGAUGGAAAGGUUCCAUAAAGUGCCCUUCGUGUCCAUCUCCCUUACCUAUCUAGUUCCCAACAAGCAGCCACUGUCUACCAUAGUCAGCCUCAGGAAUGAGCUGUGCAGGACUCACGAAUACAUAAAUGCUCUCCAGAAGGAACGAAGACUCCUUAAAAAACAGCUAAACCGAUGCAGAAACAAGAUGCAAAUAAUGUGUGCCUCCCAGGAAGAAACAAGCUACAGAUUUGAAACAAAGAUUCUUGAACUCAAAACCAACCAGGAGAGUCUGUGGACCAAAUUACAGAAAAUGGGACAGGAUCUACAGGCAAUGUUGCAGCCACUGUAUUCGUCACCUUCCUGUCAAAGUAUAGUUUCCAAGAGUGAUGAUGAAAAAGGUGGAAGACAUUUGAAAAAAGAUUCUUCCCAGAUAAGAAAUAGUUCUGUGGGUGGUUCAGAAAAGAAAUCUCUUCCUUAUUCUACACUGAUUAACAGAAGUCACCAAAGUCAAACAAAUAUAGAAUAUGCUCUACUAAAUGCAAACUUCCCAGAGGCCUCUUUUCAGCCGAGGUCAACACAAACUACCAAAGUACAAAACCAAGCAGAAAAGACUUGGAAUGAAGCCAUUAGUGUCCUACCACGUUCCCAUGAAGGACUGUCACAGACCACCCAUCAAACUACUGCUGCUGACAUAAACAACAGUCCUGCUUUGACACCUGUGGAAAGAAAAGAAACAAUUCACAAUCAGGAGGGAAAGGAUGAAUUGGAGGAAGAAGAACUUCAUCAACUAUUAUCAAAACUUACAGAUGCCUUCACUCUAGACAUGCCUUCAGGUCUGCAGUCUUCAGUGAACAUGGAUCUAUAUCAUGGAGCUGAGCUGGUGUGUGGGGCCUUCUCUAUGCUUGUUGAUCAAAUCACUUUGCCCAACUUGAAAUGA